CUAGCGCCACCGGCCCAAGAUGGCGGCUGUGGCGGGAGCGGAGGCCGCGCCGCCGGCCGUUUCCACAGCGGCAGCGCCGGCGGAGGACCCCGAGCUUCCAGCCUCCUCGGCCUCGGCCUCCACGAGCGCGGCCCGCCCGGCCCGCCUGCCGCUAGCGCGGGUCAAAGCGCUGGUCAAGGCCGACCCCGACGUCACCCUCGCCAGCCAAGAAGCCGUUUUCAUCUUGGCGCGCGCCACGGAGUUGUUUGUGGAAACCAUUGCAAAAGAUGCCUACAUCUAUGCCCAGCAAGGAAAAAGGAAAACCCUGCAGAGGAAAGAUCUAGACAAUGCCAUUGAAGCCAUAGAUGAAUUUGCCUUUUUGGAAGGUACCCUGGACUGAAGAGGACAAGGAGAAAUCUCUGGAAGGAAAAAGUGCAGAGCGGAGCACAAGAGGCACAGGCCGAGACCCUCCAGGAAGAUGGGGGACCUGCAUCUGUCUGGUAGCCCCACAGUGGCCCUGAAACGGAAGGAGUUCUCCCUAGAUUUAUUUUUAUGCUAAAGUGAUUUGUCUAAAGCUUAAGCACUUUCAAUACACACAUUUUUCCCCUCA